AUGGUCGCGCACAGCACACUAUUCGCCCUGCUAUCUCUAGCACUGUUCGUCAGUCUAGCAGCCGGCGCAGCAAUCCCAUUCUCGCACCUUCAACCGGAAGACGAAAAAGCCUCAACUCCAGUUGAGGCCGCGUCAUGGCCAGCGCUUAGAUCAACCGAGUCCGGCGAUAACGAAACCCUCGCCAAACGAGCCCCCUUCUACUUCCCAGAAACAGUGCCCGACGCCGAAGAAAUUGCCAGCAGACUCACAUCAAUGCGCGAGGCGGGGUUUGUCGCAGACUCCCAGACACAAAAAUCAAUGGGAGUACCGGAUCCAGGGAUGGAUACUCAUGCACGGAUACUUCCUAUCCAGGACACUAUGUCCGAGCUAUCGGCUUAUGCGGAGCCGUGCUCACCAAAGCUUUUGCCUCCCAUGGCCUUCCUUAUCUUCGCCGCGUGCGCUACCUGCGUCACCACAGUCGUCCGAAAAAUCAACUGCAAGCACUGA